GUUGAUCUUUGAACCGGCUCUCAACCAUGCAAAAUGUGUUUUGUCUGCCUAAAAAGCUAUACAAACGCAACAAGAAGGUAAGCUCCAUUGUUGGGAUCUGGCAAAGAGGAAUCUACAAACUUUGCACUGGUUUGCAUAACACAAUGUAGGCGCAAAUUUGAGCUGGUUACGAACAGAUAUGCUAUAAAAGAAGCAAUAUUCUGAAGUUUAUCGAUAUUCUUUCUCCAACAACAACUUGUCAAAGCCUUUGCCUCAAAUGAUCGUUAUCCAACUCUCUUCUAUCUUCUUCCUCCUUCUUGGAUUGAUUCACGGGGGACAUGGUGCUGAUACUGGUAACGGUAACAUUUAUGCGCCCAAACCCGGGUCAGCAUAUCAUGGCUUAGCAAAUGCUUAUCCUUCGAAUGAUUUUAGCCAUCAUACUGGAGAAUCAAAGUUCAACCACCCUCGCUAUAUUCCAAGAUAUACCAAAGUGGGAAAGAAAUUUUUUGAUGUUUCGGGUUCAGCUAGAUCUGUUAAACCUGGAGCAAAUUAUGAUAACCGUUUAUAUGCUUCUUAUGCCAAUGCUGGCAUGGUGCCACAUACUGAAGAUUCUCGUAAGAUCAAAGAUCCGAAUGACGUUCAUUCUGUCAAUAUGUAUACGGAGAAAUUACGAUCACAUACCCGUAAGAUGAAUCAAGAAGGUUCACAUCAACGUGAACCGUCCAACAAGCGCAAAAGCCCUUCAACGACUACAGCUUCUAGUAAGAGUUCAAUGACUACAGCUUCUAGUAAGAAACGUAACAAGGCUCAAUGAAUAUCGUCAUGUGAAAGCCAAUUAUUAUGUGAAUUGUUCCAGAUCAAAGGUACACUAUUCUAUCAUGAUCGUCAAGAUUACCCCAUAUUUGUUUUGUUUGUUUAUAUUUACAAUCGUACCAUUCAAUCAAUCUUUUACCCCAUAGAAAUAUAACUCUCCGUUUAAUUUGCUCGCUAGAUAUGCAAGCCUAAACGUUGAAUAAUGAAAUGUGAAAUCUCACUCUCCUUGCUUGCUUUAGUGCCUGCAUUGCUUAAGACAAAAAGGCGGUGUUCGGACAACGGAGAAAAUAAAGAAGGCGCUGGACCGGUGCCGAUGAUUGGUUUUUGAAAGCAACUUAUUGGAAAUCACGGCUAAACCGCGUGUGUGUGCUUGUGAACAUACUAAAAAG